AUGAAGAUCAUCGUGACCGGUGCCAGUGGCUUUGUCGGCUCUGAGAUCAUUCGCCAAUGUCUUCAGAAUCCCAAGAUCGCCACAGUUGUCGCCGUGGCUCGCAGGCCUGUGUCAGUGCCCGAUGGCACACCUGCAUCGAAGUUCAGGUCGGUGGUGGUGCCAAACUACGAUGACUACCCAGAGGACGCUUUGGAGGCGUUUUCGGGCGCAAAUGCGUGCAUCUGGACCGUUGCGGUGACGCCGGCGAAGACCAAAGGAAUGAGCUCUGGGGACGUCCGGAAAGUAUGCCACGAGUACACCUUGGCGGGCUUGCAGGCGAUCUGGAGUUCCGAGCCUGCGCGGCCUUUUCGGUUCCUCUACAUGAGCGGAGCGGUCGCCGAAAGAAACCAGUCCAAGCCGCUCUGGGUCAUGGCAGAGUACCGUCGGAUGAGGGCAUGUCGAUCUCACCCAUGA